GUGAAAUCACUUCGUUUGACGUGACUUCCAAGUCACUCUCUACAUCUCUACAUAUAGACAGUCUAUACGUGUGCAAUUUGUUGUGUACGCCUCUCUUAUUAAUAAUUUCUCGACGCUUUUUAACAUCUCUUGAUCCGGUGGUUUUGGUUUGAAAAAUAAUAUCAACACCAGAGAUAGAACUGCAAUCCACAUAAAGUAAUAUAACACGGAUCGUUCUUCAAGUAUGGAUUACUCGAAGUGAAUACCGAUACCGAAGCAUUGCAAUCUCACUUUCGUGCCUGUUUUCAAGUCCAAGUUGUUCUUUUUCUUGUUAACACUGUAGUUUUCUGCAGUAAAAUAUAAAAUGGUAAAAGAUAAGCCAAACUCAACUCGAGUGUAUGAUGGUGAUGGCUAUAGGAAAAGGGCAGCGUGUGUAUGUGUCAAAGAAAAUGAUCAUAAUCAAAUUCUUCUUGUAUCCUCUUCCAAUGAAAAUAGCAGUUGGAUAGUUCCUGGUGGUGGGCUUGAACCUAAUGAAGAGCCUCCUGAAGCUGCUGUUAGAGAAGUCAUGGAGGAGGCAGGAGUUUCUGGUCGUCUAGGCAUUUGCUUAGGUGUUUUUGAAAAUAACGAACGGAAACAUCGAACCACUGUUUAUAUUCUACACGUUACAAACGAACUGUCCGAGUGGGACGAUUCCAAAACAAUUGGGAGGCGUCGUAGAUGGUUUGAGUAUGAAGAAGCUCUUGCACACCUAACUGCUCAUAAGCCCCUAAUGGCUCAAUGGCUUUUGAAUAAAGCAGAAGCCCCAAGAUAGAUCCCAGAAAAAUCUGAUUACUUAAGGACUGAGUUUAGUCCCAUUUUAUAUUAUUAUUAUUGUCUUGCUCUUUACUUAAAGAAUUAGAAAUUAGAUCUAGUCAGCCUCCCAAGUUAACUGGAUAACCCAUGAUGUUACUGCUGAUAAUUUCUGCUCUUCCAUAUAAUUUAAUUUUUUUUAAAUUAUUAUUUUGUUAAGAAAAAAAAAACUUUGUUUGCCAUUUAUGAUCUGCUAACUUCCUUUUUUGGGAGGGGGGGGGGGUUGGAAGUGUAGCGGGGUUGUAAAAUUUAUACCUGACAGCAUAUUUAUAACUAUUGUUGAAAGGAUUCUGUAAAAGGCUAACGAACUUUCACGACGAAGAAACGUCCAUAUCGACCCAAAAUUUAAAGGUACAGAAAGUGGAGUUGAAUUUAUUUUGUUCUUUACUUAACGGCAGUGCAGAGGAAUUUCGAAUAUUGGAAAUGAAUUAAGAUGGGAUAAUAAAUGAUUCGUCAAAAUUU